UUAAUAUGUGAGGAAACUUCCUCGUUCUGAGUGCAAUGUGUUGUGUCAGCUAAUACUUGGACUAUAUUCUGUUCUCAUAAUCGACUGUUCAGCUUUGAAAGACAACAUCCUGCGUCGCCUCGGGUUACAUUCAUUUUGUCAAGAUGUCGGUCGUGAAGUUAGCAGUGAAGGCGGUUUUGUUGUUGGUUUGUGUUUAUAUCUCAGAAGGUUGGCUUGUGUCCACUAAUUCCAAAAAGAAAGUUUGCUACAGGACGUGGGGAUGUUUCUACAGGAACCGGCCCUUUCAUAACAGUCUUCUACCCAGAGCGCCAAGCCGUCUGGGAAUAAAGUUUAAACUGUACACUAAGAAUCAGCCGGUGUUUACCAUAUCGAUAAAUGAGACGAGGACGGCACUGCGGUCUAAUAACAUCUACAACCCCAGUCGCCCCACGAAGGUUAUUAUCCAUGGAUUCCAGGACUCCGGACAAAACUCGUGGGUUUCACAGAUGGUUCGAAGUCUUUUGGAAAAGGAAUCAAUGAAUGUCUUUGUCGUCGAUUGGAAAAAAGGUGCCAAAUUCUUUGACUAUUUCCAAGCUUGUAGCGACGCUCGACUGAUUGGCCGAAUAGUUGCCAAGUUACUUGAGACACUCAUAGACAUUGGUGCUAGUCCUGCAUCACUUCAUUUGAUUGGUCACAGUCUUGGUGCCCACAUCGCUGGAUAUGUGGCAGAACAAAUUCCGGGCGUGGGAAGAAUAACGGGUUUGGAUCCAGCUGGGCCAUCGUUUGAAGGACGACCGACGUCUGCUAGGCUGGACUCGACUGACGCCAUCUUUGUUGACGUCAUCCACACAGACGCAGAACCUCUUGCAAGACUAGGUCUAGGUAUUAAAAUGGCGUCUGGACAUGUUGACUUCUACGUCAAUGGUGGAGUCAAUCAACCUGGAUGUCCAAAUGAUCUAAGUCAGCUUAUACAACAUCUCUUCUCGGGGCAUUCAUUAAUAUAUACAUUCGCCUGCAGUCACAUGAGGGCUAUAUACUUAUUUACGGAAUCCAUAAACUCCCGGUGUCAGUUCAAGGCCAGCCCGUGUCCUCAGAACGUCUCCAUUUCAUCAACCACCUGCAACAGUUGCCAUAGUGACUGUGUAAGAAUGGGGUACUACGCAGAUAUAAAACGGCCUUCCGGUACAUACUACAUAGCAACCAAUGAGAACGAGCCAUAUUGUAUGUUUUGAGAAGAAUGCUGGCAAUCUACACCAUGCACCUUCUUUACCGGUUCUUAUAUGUUAAAACACUAUUCAUAAAAAUAUGAUUUUUUAAA